UGCAUAUUAUUUUUGAAUCUGAGAAUUUAUUCAUCUCGUUUAUUUUGCAUUCUACAUAAUUUCUUAUCAAAAUUGGUCUCGCAAAUCAGUCUUCAGAAACAAUCAGUGGCUAGAUUAUGAGAAAUUGUUUGUUAGUGUAAGGUCGCAGAUUGGAAGAGAGAAAGGGAUGAUAAUGAACUGUGUUAGAGUGACAACUAUGGCCAUGGCUGUUCCUUCAUGGAGGCCCACGUGCUGCGCUUCUUCAUCAUCAUCAUCUUCUUCUUCUGCUUCUACAGCUGUCAUCAACACAGAGCAAUUGCGCUCUCAAAUUGAUCAUCUUCACGCUGAGGCUGACGCCACCAGAGCCAAGGCAACUAAUGCUAGAUUGAGGCUUCUGCGGUUGUCAGAAGCUGCGGAGAAGCUUCAAAAACAGGCAGUUAUAAGCAUUGAAAAGGGGGAGGAAAAUUAUGCAAGGGAAAUGCUUUUUCAGAGGAAGAAGGUGUUGCAGGCUUUGGACAAGUCUAAAAGACGCAUUGAAUUGCUUGAUGAGCUUUCCGCAAAGUUAAGUGAGGCAAUAUCUUUGAAAGAAAGUCAGCUAAUUGGAAAUGUUAAUGUGAACAUUGAAGACACAAUAAAUGAUGCUUCAAGUCCAGUUCGAAUUAUUGCUCCAAAGGAGGAAGUUCAAAAUGAUUUCAGUAAGGAUGACUCUGAUCCUGAAACGAUGGACUUCGACAAUAUUCAAAAUGUGCAACUGUCUAUCGAAAGUGAAGGAAAUUCACUGGAUGAUAAGGAGAUUCAGAAUCUUCAGGAAUCCCUUAGUGUAGGAAGCUCAAAUGAAGACAGUAUAGCCAGAAACUUGUCAGAAAUAUCCUCUUAUGAGGAUUUCAUGGAACGGAUAGAUAAAAAACUCAGUGAAAUUGAAGCUGAACUAGUUACUGUUUUGAACGUCUCAACCUUGGUACUUGAUAAUGAAGAGAGACCAAAUAAUUCCAGGUUGCAACAAACAAUUGAACUCCUUGAGAGCAUCCAUGGGAUUAGGCAGAGAAUUAGAAGAACCAGGGAGGCAAAACUGAGGAUCUGAUAAAUUUUGUUUUGCUUGACACAUCUUCUACAUCCAGGUCAGAAUUAACUUCAUUAGAAGAAAAAGGUCUGCAAAAUCUUUCUUGUAUACCUUAAUCACUUAAUGUGGAAACAGAGAAGGUACAUCUGAGAUGCUUGUUAUUAGUUUAUUGAAAUGAAGAGGUGGUGUUAUCUUCAUUUAGCAUUAUUCUUUCCAAAUUGCGAUCAUAUGAUUGAUCAUGGAGGAACAGAACAGCAGAUUGAGAAAUUUGCCAAAGGAGUAAGGACUAAGAAUAGCCCAGUGUAGUUGUUUGUCCAUUGUUUUAAACUAGUUGCUUUAUGGACUUGUAACCAAAACUUUUCAGUUACAGAAAAUGCUCAGAACAAAAAAUGUAUUGAUAACUAGACUGCACAAAUUUCUGCGAACUAAUGUACUAAUGUAUUCAUAACCAAAUUUCUGCACCUUCAGCA